AUGAAGUUCACUGCCGUCCUCGCUCUUUGCGCCCUUGCCCCCAUGGCUCUUGCCCAGGGCUCCCUCAUGGACAAGAGGGGAUGCAAGCCUAGCAACUGUGCUUGCAUUGGCCGUCAGGGCCAGUUCUGCGGUGACGAGUCCAUCAACAAGGCUUGCACUAACGGACACGUUUUCGAGUGCAAUGGUAACAGUGGCAAGAGCUGUGACUACGGUGUGCGUGACAGCUGCAGAAAGUGUGGCAAGCUUAGCUGCUAG